AUGCACCUCGUACUGGUUACCCGCGGUCACGACUCGGUUUCGAGAGCGAUAUACGCUCAACGAAUGCAUGCCUGCACGCCAGAUCGCGAGGCCUACAGCGUCAACCAGCCUACGGAAAAUACAACACCGAUUCCGUGCCACUCACACAACGACUACUGGCGAAACAAGCCGCUGUUCGACGCCAUUCACGCAGGCUGUACAAGUGUCGAGGCAGACAUUUGGCUAGAUGAGUCAAACGAGGCGUUACAAGUCGGACAUUUUCACAAAGAGCUAUCACAGAAUCGUACACUUCAGAAGCUGUACAUUGAACCUCUUCUUGGUUUGCUCGAUCGACAAAAUCCAGCAGAUGAUAACACAACAUCCGGAAUAUUUCCCAUGGCACCAAAUCAGACACUCACGCUAUUACUCGAUUUCAAAACCGAUCCAUCGGCUCUACUCGCGCAUGUCAUCGACGAACUUGAAUAUCUCCGUGAGCAAGGCUUCCUCAGCUAUUGCCAAGAUGAUCGUUUCGUCGAAGGUGCCGUGACUGUGGUCGCGACAGGAGAUAUACCGCCCAGCCUCUUCUCACAGGAUAGUGCUCACAAUCGCACAAUCUUCACAGACGUACCCUUGGACAAGCUAGAAGAUUUCACCACCAGUUUCGAAAACGCGACCAAUCCAAAGGUCGGUCCUUGCAGUAGCCACGGAGGCUACUACGCCAGUACAUCUUUCCACUCCAGCAUCGGUUCCAUCACACGGGGCAGCUUGUCAUCCGAUCAGGUUCAACUGAUUCGUAGACAAGUAGCGGCAGCGCAAAGAGCUGGACUAAAAGCGAGAUACUGGGACACGCCAUCCUGGCCGACUUCUUUGCGGAACUAUGUUUGGCAAACUUUGAUCGACGAAGGGGUCGAUGUGUUGAAUGUGGAUGACUUGUGCUAUGCGGCGUUUCUUGAUUGGGAGGCAGUUCCACAUAAGUUGAUCGAUGGUUAG